CUUGCUGUCUGAAUGAUUUUAUGUUUGCUGUGUGACUUCUGUUGUGAAGAAGAGGCUGCAAACAAGCAGAAGGGAGAAGAAGGGCUGAGGCUCACAAAAAGGGAAGAAGGGACUCUUGUGUCCUCUCUGGACGCUGGAAACAUCAAACCUGGGGAAGUUAUCCAACACCCCAUUUUAACUGAAGACUUCUGCGCAUCAAAAGAAGCUUUUUUUUUUUCUUUGCACACCUGAACACCAACAUUCAAACUUUCAGUGUGGAGUUGAUCCAGGAUGCAGUCCUACCUCGCUCUGCUGCUGGGGAUUGUGGCUUCGGCUGCUUCAGAAUGGAGGCGUCCCGUGAUCAAGCUCAACUCUAAAGUGGUGGGCAGCUCUGAGGUGGUCAUCCGACCUGGGAUCCCUUUAGACUUGAGGUGUGAGGGUGAUGGACCUGUGAACUGGCAGACCAGGCUCGCUAAACACAGACGCUUUGUUUCCAAGGGCAACGGGAAAGUCCGCACUUUAAAAGUGGAGCGUCCCACUGCAGAAUUUACUGGAACAUACAAGUGUUUUUACACUGCUGGAUCACAGCAGCAUGAACUGACCUCCUCAGUACAUGUGUAUGUAAAAGAUCCAAACCGUGUGUUCUGGACUAGCAGCACAACCCUGCGUGUGGUAAGAAAGGAAGGUGAAGACUACCUGCUGCCAUGCCUGCUGACUGACCCAGCAGCAACGGACCUUGGCCUCCGCAUGGACAAUGGCACCACCGUGCCUCCAGGGAUGAACUUCACAGUUUUUCGGCACCGUGGUAUUCUCAUCCACAGCCUGCACCCCAGCUUCAACGCUGACUAUGUGUGCACAGCCAAGGUUAACGGGUUGGAGAGAACCUCCAGGGCCUUCUCCAUCAACGUCAUUCAGAAGCUUCGUUUCCCUCCGUAUGUCUUCCUUGAGACGGAUGAGUAUGUGCGCAUAGUUGGGGAGGAAUUAAAGAUCCGCUGCACGACACACAACCCAAACUUCAACUACAAUGUCACCUGGAAAUACACCACCAACAUGAAGCCAACGGUAGAGGAGAGGGUACGCUCCAGUGGAGAAAAUCGUCUGGACAUUCAGAGCAUUUUUACCAUCACUUCUGUGGACCUUAAAGACACAGGAAACAUUUCCUGCAUUGGAACCAAUGAAGCAGGUGUGAACAGUUCAACCACGUACCUGCUGGUUGUAGACAAGCCUUACAUCCGGCUGCUGCCCCAGCUUUCCCCCAAACUGGCACACCAGGGUCUUUCAGUCGAGGUGAACGAAGGAGAAGAUCUGGAGCUCACUGUUCUCAUUGAAGCGUACCCCCAAAUCACAGAGCACCAAUGGCACACCCCAACAUCUCCCAACACGCCCACGCAGGAGCACAAACUCAUCAGAUACAACAACAGAUAUCAUGCUACCCUGCAGCUGAAGAGAAUGAAUGCACAGGAGCAGGGACAGUACACCUUCUUUGCCAGGAGCAACUUGGCCAAUGCAUCCAUCACAUUCCAGGUCCAAAUGUAUCAGAGGCCUGUUGCUGUUGUGAGAUGGGAAAAUAUUACUACACUCACAUGCACCUCUUUUGGUUAUCCUGCUCCCAGAAUCAUCUGGUACCAGUGUUUUGGGAUACGACCAACGUGCAAUGAAAACACAUCAGGGCUGCAGUUGGCGACCCAUCUCCAGGCGCCCACUGUGGAGGUCCAGAGGGAGGAGUACGGGGCUGUGGAGGUGGAAAGCGUCCUCACCGUAGGACCGUCCACCCGCAGGAUGACUGUCGAGUGUGUGGCCUUCAACCUCGUUGGCGUCAGCAGCGACACUUUUGCCAUGGAUGUUUCCGACAAACUUUUCACUUCAACCUUGACUGGAGCAGCAGGGAUUCUUGCCAUCCUGCUUGUGCUGCUGGUUUUUCUGUUUUACAAAUACAAGCAGAAACCCAGGUAUGAGAUCCGCUGGAAGAUCAUCGAGGCAAGAGAUGGCAACAACUACACCUUCAUUGACCCCACUCAGCUGCCGUACAAUGAGAAGUGGGAGUUCCCAAGAGACAAGCUGAAGCUAGGAAAGAUCCUUGGGGCAGGAGCUUUUGGAAAGGUUGUUGAGGCCACGGCAUAUGGUCUCGGAGAGGAGGACAACGUGAUGCGUGUAGCAGUGAAAAUGUUAAAAGCGAGCGCCCACUCCGACGAGAGGGAGGCUCUUAUGUCCGAACUGAAGAUCCUGAGCCACCUUGGACACCAUAAGAACAUUGUCAAUCUGCUGGGAGCCUGCACCUAUGGAGGACCAGUGCUUGUGAUCACGGAGUACUGCAGCCUUGGUGACCUCCUGAACUUUCUGCGCCAGAAGGGAGAAACCUUUGUGAACUUUGUAAUGAACAUCCCUGACAUCACAGAGAACUCAAAUGACUAUAAGAACAUCUGCACACAGAAACCGUUCAUAAGAAGUGACAGUGGGAUCUCCAGUACAUCCUCAAGCAGCUACUUGGAGAUGAGACCCAGCUACCCAACCAAUGUGGAAUCAUCUCGAGGCUCCUUAUGUGAGGAGACUGCUGACUGGCCUCUGGACAUUGAUGACUUGCUGAGGUUUUCCUUUCAAGUGGCUCAGGGACUUGACUUCCUGGCAGCCAAGAACUGUAUUCACAGAGACGUAGCUGCCAGGAAUGUCCUCUUGACCGACGGCAGAGUGGCCAAGAUUUGUGACUUUGGCCUGGCACGAGACAUAAUGAAUGACUCCAACUACGUCGUGAAGGGCAAUGCCCGUCUGCCAGUGAAGUGGAUGGCUCCAGAGAGUAUCUUUGAGUGUGUUUACACCGUCCAGAGUGACGUCUGGUCCUAUGGCAUCCUCCUAUGGGAGAUCUUCUCUUUAGGCAAGAGCCCCUACCCCAGCAUCGCUGUGGACUCCAGGUUCUACAAGAUGGUGAAGCGAGGCUACCAGAUGUCCCAACCAGACUUUGCCCCACAAGAGAUUUACAUGAUCAUGAAAAUGUGCUGGAAUCUGGAGCCCACAGAUCGUCCUACAUUUAGCAAGAUCACACAGAUGAUAGAAAGACUACUUGGGGACCAACCAGAGCAGGAACGGCUAAUCUACCAGAAUGUGCAGCAGCAGGUCACGGAGGGUGAAGUGUGUGACGAGCCCAAGUGCUGCGACGGCCCCUGUGACCAAUCUUGUGACCACGAGGAAGAGGAGCAGCCUCUGAUGAAGACCAACAACUACCAGUUCUGUUGAAGGCCCUCAGCCACAGACCAAUCAGCCAACCAAUCACUUAUCAGCAAGUAUCAGGAAAGUUGGGAUGUAGCCCUAGCUCGCCGUCAGAGCGCCACAGCUCCUUUUAACUUCCAGACAGUCGCAGAGAGAGUCGCCCUCAGCUAUUUUUUGCCUGUCGUGCCUGCUCGCCAGACAGACAAGUAGCUGCAGCAAGCAUGUGACUCGCUUCUGUGCAGACCAUGACUAGAAAUUGCCACAUCUAACUGCAGACAUGAAAGGAGGAAACAUGUCAACAAACCCCACAAGCAUCCAAAGUUUUACCUUAUCCUCAUGGACUGUUUGUCACUCCUUCUUUUGUGUAUUUAUUGUAUAAUCUGUUCAUCUAAAGGAGGAUGUGUUUGUCCCUUUACCUGAGAGGGUUUUUAUUAUAUAUAUAUAUAUUUUACAUUAUUUUCCUAUUUUUAAUACUGCCUCACAAGAGUGGAUGUUUUGUUUCUUGUGGAGAUUCAGUCAUUUUGUCAGCAGGUUCCCUUCUUUUUCACCAUUUUCUUGCAUGUACAGUUUCUCGGAAAAAAGCAGUCACAGACACUGGAUCCAAACCCACGAGACACUUUUCUGGCUCUAGACAAGUUAGGUUUUAUUCUCUCGUCACCUUAAUUGAACAUUCAGACAGUGCGAGUGUUGUCUUCUGUUUGAAACAUGCUAACUGGACCGUGGAGAAGGCAAAGAAUGACCAUGUUGUUUUCCUCUCUGUGCUUUGGUCAUAGCCAUUUCUCUUGUGACACAAUUACAGCAGCUGUCAGUUGGUGGAUACAUGUGAUUGUUUCAUUUCCAUCUAAUUAAGCAGUCUUCUGUGAUGUUGCGAUCAGGGAAUACAACUGAACUGAGCAGGGAAUCUGUUGUGGAUCAGACGAACAAUGUGAAAGUAAAUCCUCUCAUUUCCUUUGGGGUUAGAUACGUUUAAGGGUGUACAGAAUGCCUCAGUGAUGUCUCUAUAUAGCAGUCAGCUUACACUGCCAACUGUAUGAAGACUUUAGAAAAACAUAUAAGCUAUUUGAGAUACAGGCCGCUAAUUUGUGUGAUAAUCGGCAUUUAAAAUGUGCUUGCAUUUCAAUGAAACAAAAGACAGAUGUCUAAUAAUGUACAUAUCUCGUCAUGUAAAUCCAGAAUUACCUUUAUUUUCGCAUAUAUGUUGUAGAGUUUAGUAUUGCAUCAAUAUUUCAUGUAUCAGUCGUGUUUUGUGUGUGCAAAUAAGUCAAUUCAUGAAAAAAAGCUACCAAUAAAAUGACUUAAAAGCUGAA